AUGUCAGCAGACUUCUGGGCCGGAUACGUGAGCGGCGCUAUAGGCAUCCUUGUUGGCAAUCCCCUGGAUAUCCUCAAGGUCCGCCUGCAAGCCAAAGACGCGAUUGGUGCUCAGAGCGCCUCUUCAUACCUCCGCCAGUUCGAGGGCACCUCGUCUCUGAUCACGGGUACCGCCGCUCCCGUCUUGGGUUAUGGCGCCCUGAACGCACUGCUCUUUGUCUCUUACAACAGAAGCGAGGCUGCCAUCAAUAGCGCACUAGGCGUCCAGUCCAGUCUGUGGACUACCUGGGUAGCAGGUGCUAUCGGCGGUCUGACCACUUGGAUAGUCAGUACGCCGACUGAAUUAAUUAAAUGCAGAGCCCAGCUCUCGUCUCCUCCCAAGUCAAGCUGGAGUAUUACAAAAUCGAUCAUCCGGAAUGAGGGCGUCAGAGGGUUGUACUUUGGUGGCGCGGUGACGGCCCUGAGGGACAGCAUUGGUUAUGGCUUUUACUUCUGGUCGUAUGAGUUAAGCAGCCAACUGAUGGUCUCGUCCUCGAGCCGCAAGCCUUCCUUCGCAGAGGAUGCUGCAAAGGUUCUUGUAUGCGGAGGGUUGGCUGGUGUGGUGACUUGGGCUAGUAUCUUCCCGCUUGAUGUGAUCAAGACAAGGGUGCAGGCGCAGACUUCGAACCCAGAGGCGCAAUCCCUAAUAAGCAACCCACUGGCACCAAGAGAAAGGCUUGGUGCGGUCGGGAUUGCAAGGGAAGCAUACAGGGAAGGAGGAACUCGAGUGUUCUUCAGAGGACUAACCAUCUGCAGUGUUCGAGCUUUUGCUGUGAAUGCAAUCCAGUGGGCGGUGUAUGAGUGGAUCAUGUUCGAGUUCGGGGAGAGGAAACGUAGAGUAGUCGAGCCCGAAUCAACGCAGGUUCCUUAA